AUGUCCACGUUGCCACAACGCUCCCUUUGGCUCGGGAUCAUUGUUGCUCUCUAUACCCUUUCUGGCUCAGCUAUUGUCGAAGCCGCUCCUGCUUACACUUUAGGCACAACAAGAUCCAUCAAGCCGGAUGUCGGCCUAACCCGCCCAGUUACUGUCGAUUUGCGUCUAGCACUCGGUCCCCCAACAUCAAGCGAGAAAUUUCGUGUCGAGGACCCCGCCAAGGUUCGUGGCAACGCAGGGCGAUCCGAUGCCGCUGACUAUAUGAAUAUUCCGACGGACCCUCGAUUCGACCUCGGCUUGCACAGGGACUACUUGAAGUUGAGCCUUGAACCCUCAGCACCAAAGACGCUGGCUAAUGGUGCUGGGAAGAAGCCGAUCCACCCUCAGCUCGAUUUGGAAAUGCACGCGAUCAAGACCCCAGCUGGUGCACCUGUUAAUUACGAAGGUGUUUCCAGCCAGCUUCCUCACGAUUUUGGCCAAAAGGCGAUAUCCCAAGGGAUGUACGAGCCUCAGUUGAGCUUAGGGCCUCCAAACCUCCAGCGAAGCGCACUUUUGAGACAAUUCCGUGGCAGCGCUGGCAGUCAGCCUUCAAUUGGCAAAGCAGGGUCCUCAUUGAAAUCAGUAAACCCCAAGAAGAUUCAACCAACGCUUUUUCAUUCCAAGUUCAAGAAGUCCCCACAUCUUAGGGUGAUGAUGCAUGACUCCCGAACAAAUCGAUAUUUUUCUCGACCCAUCGAGGGGUAUUCGCUCCCGGGAAAAUCACCGAUCGGGCGCGGGCCCUCCAGCCAAGCCGCUCGGAUGCCCCAACCAAGUGCGGAUUUGAACGCCCCGAAGUUUCAUACUCGGGUCGAGCUUUCACUCAAGCAGAUACGAAUGAUCGAGAAAUCUCUGUUCAACAUUGAAUUCAGAAACUCCGAACGGGUUCAUGAGCGGCCUACCGAAAGCAACUUGCCCCACAAACGCCAGCGGAAAAGCCUGUAA